AUGCCAAAUCAAGAUAAUGACAGCCUUUUUUCACGACCAUCAGAAGAUAAAAAGUGGUAUUCGGUGUUUAUAAAAUUCGCGUCUGGCGGUUUGUCUGGAAUCGUUUCUCGAACAGUUUGUGCUCCGUUUUCCAGGUUAUCCGUUUUGCAGGAAACGCGUGUUUCUAUCAACCCAGCCGAGUAUCUAGUGGUUGCUGAGAAAAAUAAUCUUGUUCACACUUUACGGUCUGUCUAUUUAAAAGAUGGUUCUUCCGUUUAUUGUUAUUUACUUUUAGGUAUCAUCGGUUUUUUUCGUGGAAAUCUUGUCGACAUUCUUAGAUCCAUUCCUUAUUCGUCGAUCAAUUAUGGGAUGUACGAAGUCGUUUCUCUUCGGCUGAAUUCCACGAGCAAAGACCACCCUACACUUCAACAUCUUUUAGCUGGUGGCGCUGCCGGAAUGACAGCUGUCAUCUGUACAUAUCCCAUCGAUAUUUUAAAGACUCGUAUCUAUAUCAGCCAAAAAGGCUCGACAGGCACAGUUCUAAAAACAAUGCAUAAGGGUUUCAGUUCGGGAGGCCUUCGCUCUCUUUACAAAGGUCUCGUCGUGAAUCUUAUUUCCGUGAUUCCGAAUAUGGCUCUUAGUUUUACUUCUUAUGAAUUUAUCCGCAAAUGGCUUAUUACAAAUACUUCCUUUUCCCUAGUUUGGGUUAUUCAGCGAAACCUGCAGGUCACUGGCAUGGGAGCCAAUGUGAAGAAGUAUUCCAACGCAUGGGAAUGCGCUCGAUUUAUCUACAAGGAGAAGGGUGUGCUUGGAUUUUAUGCGGGAUUGCUACCCCAGUAUUUGAAAACCAUUCCGAAGUGUGCAAUUUCUUUCUGUAUAUAUGAAAUGACAAAGAAAGCAUGCGGUGUUUAA